AAUUUACUGGCAAGUUUCCCACUCACCUCCAUCUUCCGUGCAUGGGACGAUUGGCAAGCUGCAGAAAUGAAAUCCUCGAACUCCCCGGCAGAAUCUCGUCGUCUCCUUGAUUUUGUUCCGUCAAUAAGACCAUCGUUUCUUUCUGUUGUAUUAGUUUUCGUUUGCGGAUGUCUCUGGGUGAAGAAUGAAACAACAAACGAACGACUGAUAGCGCUGGAAUCUCGCGUUAACCUUUUCCCCUGCGUUCAGAGUGUCGCGACUGAAAAUCCUGACAGGAUAUCUCUUUCACCGACAGAAGCUACAGCAAGAGAUCUUUAUAAGAAGGUUCAGACACAUGUAUCCGAAAGGAUCCGUUAUACAUCAGGUAAGAUCUUCUCUUCAGAUGUUAUUUAGAUACAGAUACAUGUUUAGAACCUAGAACUGAGUUUAUCCUCUUUUGAUUUAGGUAUAAUCUUUCAUGGUGUGAGUUUGCGCUUACAUACGGGAUCUUUGGAUAUUGCAUAAGAUAAUUGAAUUUUUAACUUCAACUAACACUGUAUAAACCCUUUUGCAACACUCUCGCUCUGUUGUAAUACUGCUUAGAUAUUAACUAAGACACCUAUACUGGUAAAACAAUAAAGAAAUUUUCGGUGUAAAUGAUGUUGAAUUCAUAGUUUAAGUGUCGAACGACUUGCUCACGUGCAUGAUAUGUGGUCAAUAUUCAGGGGGUACUCCUUUAUAAUUUUAAAAGCCAUACAAUUAUGUGGGGUCACAAAGAGUGUAGUUCUUGGCCCUUUUUGGUCUGAAAACGCUGGUAUAAACGUAGGUCAUUUUGGUCUGGAAUCGGGUUUGGUUUUCGAGGAACCUACUGGAGCGUAUGCAUGAACGUAGUUAUCGUUUCAGUUCCACAUGAAUAAGAACGAAAUAGAAAUACGUGAAUUCGAAAUGCAUUUGAACAAUUUUUUUGUUUGCGCUCUAAUCUAAGUAAUGAUGACACAAUUUCUGUUUAAAGGCCAGAUCUAAAAACGGGUGCGGAUUUUAGAGGACUGCAUGGUCUGAAAGCGGGUGUGGAAAAUUCAGUCUGAAAUAGCACUGUCUGGAUAAAAUUGUUAGGGUGGUGUAAAAUUUGAGAUAUUUUUUUAAAUGCCUCUAGAGGAGAGUUCGGUUAAGGAUUCCUAGGGCUUGCCGGUUUACUUGAUAAAACCUUUGGUAACUUUGAUAGGGUGGCAAGAUUGAAAGUACGUUUAUUGAACGGUCUCAGUUGGUUUAAAACCCGGGUGGGGAGGGACUUCCUUAUAAGAGGCUACUAGGGAUGUGCCACUGGUUAGGGCCGCAUUUUCACGACUGGAUUGACUAUAAUGGGGUUGCAUUUUCAAUAGAAUUACUAGAAUGGGGUCGCACAUUUUCGGAUUUUUUGUGGUAAGACAGUUCUUAUUUCCGGUUCGCAAACUUACCAGAAUGUUUGUUCUGUAGAUGAAAAGUAAAGUGUUCUUCAUACAGUGUAAAAAAUGGGUAAAUUCAUAAAAAUAAAAAGUUUGGAACGCGAAAAAUUCAUAUUUGCCCAAAAGUGACUAAGAUAUAGGGUCUAUAAUUAAUCACACAAUAGACUAUAAUGGGGUAGGGGCUCUUAGAGGCCAGCGGCACAUACCCAGCAAAAAUUUACCCAAGUUCCCUUCCCCCGGGGUUUGAAAUUUGUGCGUAGAACUAGAAAUCUAGAAUGUCAGGAAGCAGCAAGGGAAGAGGAGUGAGGACAAAUUGAAAAGCUGUUAACCUUGUUGUUGAACGCAACUUCCAAAACGUUAAUUUUAUGUUAGGAAUGUCAACCUUAUCAUUCAUUUCGUUGAUUUGUUCGUUAUAUUUUCUCCCUUAUUUAUUUUUAAUAUUAAUCACUGGAUAUUAAAACAUUUCUUGAUCUUACUUUACUGCAGUCAGCCCGUUAUCAAUAGAGGCAUCAGCAACCAUCCGCUUAAGGAAGCGAAGAAAAGUUUUGAACGACACUUCAACUCGCAUCACAAUACAUGAAGUGAGAAAAGAAAUCAGCAAACAAUUUGAACAACUUAUGCCCACCAAGUACUGUAAGUCAAGUGACAAGGUAUGUCCUGCAUGUCCCCCCGGGUAUCCUGGUCCCAUUGGAGCGAGGGGACCACGUGGUAGGAGGGGACCAAAGGGAAGGAAAGGUCCUCAAGGUCCCAUGGGACCUCCUGGAAAACCCGGAAAAACAGGACUAACUGGUCCUGCAGGACCGAGAGGAGAAAAGGGAGAUAAAGGUCCUCAAGGUCCCAUGGGACCACCUGGAAAAUCCGGAAAAACAGGAAUAACUGGUCCUGCAGGACCGAGAGGAGAAAAGGGAAGCAAUGGGGAGGCAGGGGAGCCUGGGCCAAAAGGCAUGCCGGGACCACCUGGAAGGCCUGGAAAAUCGAUAUCUGCUCCACAAGUGAUGUUGUCGCCGGCAGAGCAGACACGAGAUGAGGGAGGAAAUACAGCAUUUUAUUGCACGGUCGCCGGAAAUCCUUCCCCAAUCGUGGAAUGGCAAUUUAAGGGCAGAAAGCUUCUGUCAGGUGCAAAGUAUUUGAUUAAAGAAGGAGAGCUGAUCGUGAGAAAUCUAAAUUAUAGCGAUGCUGGGACGUACACGUGUGCUUCCAGGAACAUUCUUGGAUUGUCCGAGGCCACUGGUAACUUGACUGUUCGAGGUAAGAACAUAAUUGAAACUUCCGAGAUUUACACACCCAGCUGCUGAUUGAUCAUUUUUAUGCGUGUCUCCGUUGUGUACGCUCACAAACGGCCGGGAUUGCAUCCUUCUCUUGUUUAACUGGUUUCCACUAGUUAAUUGAUUUCGUUUUGCGUUAUUCAUCCUUUUGUGUAUUUCUGGUUUCACCGUUAAACUAGACCGGAAGCAUGCUUCUGACUUAAUAUAGGGUAAAACGUCUCAAACUUUACAUCGUGUAGAAGCUCCGUUUUCUAAUAGUUCUCAGUAGUUUCUAUUCUUUGUUAUACGGUUUGUACUUGUUUUCAUUGUAAGGUUUUAUGUUUUUUCCCUAGGACUUCCAAUACUCACAAAAGUUCCACCACCACUUGCCACGCCAGUACAGCGCACUACCUUUCAGGUAGUUUGCCAAGCUGAAGGUUUCCCUCGUCCCGUGAUAAACUGGAGUAGAGUGGGAAUGUCUUUGCCAGCUGGAAGGACUGAAGUAAACCAAGGAACACUAACUAUUAAGAACUUAAGUCCUGCUGACAGCAGUUUGUAUGACUGUGUUGCUACUAACAUUAUGGGAACAAAGAAGGCCAGGAUCAAUGUGGCCGUACAACGAAAACCAGGUUUGCUCUAUUUAUUUGGCGUAGGGUGGUGGCAAACACCACUAUCAGCAAAUGGUCAUUUUCGUUUGCCCAAACUUUCUAGUUCUAGUUACAUCUAUGAGGUGGAAAUAAUUUAUCUUGUUUUUAUAAACAGUUUAAAUAAUGACAUCAGUUUUGUCCUCAUUACUUGAGUUUCUUGCGGCUUUUAGAAGGACUGAUAUCAUACAGUCAAACUUGUAAGGGAACCUGACUAUAACUAAUAAGCGGUCACUUAUACCAAAUCUCAGAGAUCAUUUUCCUCAAUUACUUUAAACCUAAACUGAAUAAGCCGUCACCUUAGUCCAGAGCCGUAGCUAGCGGGGGGGAGGGGGCAAGGGGGGCAGAUGCCCCCCGGACCUGUUGAGCCAGAGACAUCAAGUCUUUGGAUGGAUUUGUUUGCUUUAGACUCAGUUGUUUUGAUUAUAGUGACUUGCAAUUGUUUGCCGUUUUCAUAUUCGAGGUCGAUUUUUCGGAGACUUAUCUCAUGACAAGUGCUCAAAAUAGCGUUGGGGAGCCUCCAAAUUUGAAAAUUUCUUGGGGGAGGAUACCCCCAGACCCCCCUACAAGGCUCAUGGCUUCUGCACUCGCGAAAAUGCCCCCGUUACAAAAAACCGGCUACGGCCCUGCUUAAUCUAUUAAGCGGUCGUCAGGUCACUUUUUGAAAGGCUUCAACGAGUUUGACAGCGAAUGGCUUCACCUCUGUUGAACGGUCACUGUCGUUGUACCGGUGCAUCAGAUAUCUAUAUCUAAUUUAUUGUUCAAUAGUAUAUUUAAUGAACCCUCUAGUUUUAGCUUCUUAGAUUUUAGAUUUUAUUUCUGUAAAUUUUAUGUAAUUAGUUAAUUGUGUCUGAAAAGCCCUGUAAAGGGAAACUCAAUAAAACGUAUGUGUGUAUGUGUGUGUAUAUGCGUGUGUAUCUAUGUAUGUAUCAGUAUAAUUACUUCCGUCUUUUUCAUAAGGAAAAGGUAAUAGCGCAACUACUGUACCCGAUACUUUUUGGAAGUUCACGAAAGUCCCGAUAAUUAACGGGCCCGGUAAGCUGUAUCCGUUUACAUUAAAGGUCGAGGUUUCAAUAGUUUUGCAUCUAACGUGAAAAAACUAUCAGUUAAUGAAACAAAAUGGAGUAGUUUGCUAGCUAGGACACGCGUUCUUAUCAUUUAUAUUUCGAUUUGAAUAUUUGAUUUCGGUUCCGAACGUUUCCGCGACUUUCGAGAAACGGGCCCGUGUCUCCUUAAGUGCUGAAAGCGAUUCACUUUCAGCACUGAGGUACCAAGAUUAAACUGUCGUUUUAACGUAAACUAAAGGUAGAAACACUUUGAGGUGUAUUUUUCCUAUGAUGGAUAUUUUGCUUAGUCAAAUUAUGCACUUAUAAUGUGUAUAUUAAUACUGAUUUUGUAUGUCGAUAACUCAACAAUGACAAAAUUCGAUGUUAUAACUUCCAAAGAAAGUCCGAUCCUGGCCAGUUUCAAAGAAACGGAAUUGUCAUUACACCAUUUAGUGCUGAUUGUUCUUUUUCAGAUUUAGAAGACUCUGUUACCGUGGGAAAGAGCAAAAAUCAUUUGAGAAGUUUAAGGAGCUGGCUAUCCCCUGUAGUUCGAAGCGUGAAAUCUGCUUGGAAGCGCUGUUGGCGCGCAUCCGUGGACGGCUGGGCUGCAAGUACAUUCCACUCCCGAUGUGACAGCAAGGGCCCGACUGUGACAAUAAUAAGGGUUGGGAGAUAUAUUUUCGGUGGAUACACUAGUAUUUCGUGGGGUAAGUGAGUAAGUUAGUAUUAAUAUGAAAGUUAAAUUAAAGUGCAGCUUAGUAAGUGGGAAAUAUGAAAUCAGUUAGCCCUGUCAGUUUCAAUGCAUGGUUAAACAUUAGCGGAUAAAGGUUCAUGUUCGAUGGAUUCUUUCCUCAAAUCUCACACGACUUCCUGCACAACAAAAGAUUGCUGGGUUUUAUUAGUGGUCCACGACUGUAUCAAGAAAACCCUUUUCAACUUUCUUUACAUAUUUCGCGUUUAAGAGCUAUCGGGAAAAAGUAGAUCGUUGACUGGAGAACUUAUUAGACAGAAAUGAAAGCAAGAUGACCACAUAGCGGCUCGUUAUAUAAAGGGAAUUAUAAGACGUUAAUUUCGGGACCCAGCUUAGUGUCCGCUUAAUAGAAGGUGUCCCCUUAAUUGGGUAGCCGCUUAAUAGAGGUUUCAUUGUAUGUCCAAAUUUGUAAAAACUGAGGAGUAAAUCUGGAACAAAGAUGGUAAUUGCCACAUUUGCCUAGUUAUUUACACCCCCUGUUCUUGGUAUGCAAUUGUGGCAUUUACUUUAUCCAUUUUUGUUCCAGUAAUUUAUAUUACUAGACGCCUCAGUGGGUUUAAUUGUUCUUAAUUGCAUUUUGUUUGUUUUGAUCUGAUAUCUUUGGACUGCGUUGGACUUAUUCUUGCCACGAGUAUAGCUGUAUCUUUUGCGAAAAUACCUACACAUAAAUAAUAAUAAAAUAAAUAAUAAUAAUAAUAAUAAUAACAAUAAUAAUAAUAAUAAAGGAAAGGUCAAAACUGAGAAAAAAUAUCGUUUGAUAAAUGACGUACGUUAGAGCAACUCGAUCGAAUUUGGUUUAUGAUAAUAAGGUAUUUGUUGUUUUUAAUUAACAAUCAUCAUCAUCAUCAUCAUCAUCAUCAUUAUUACAGGCACAAGGACAAUGUCGCUAACUUAUCUUAGAAAAGUUUUGUUUCAUUUCUUUUAGCUUCUGGUUCUGGCCGAUAUCAAUACGACUCAAAAGCCUUCUUAUUUUCGCUGGUAAACAAGCCAGGAUGGGCGCCUGUCAAAUUGUCUCAAUCAGGGCAAUCUAGUUCUAGCAAACUUUCCAUAUACUUUCUCUCAUCCUACGGGCCUACAUUUGGAGGAGGACAUGACAUUAACAUCAAAAACUACGCGUCAUCUAAUAGCAAUUCUUACAGCAACCUUGGCUGGACUUACAGCCCACCGAGCGGGCACAGCUACCACAGCACCUUCGCCAAAACAUUCCUGGCAGGAACUUACGAGUUCACACCGGACGAAGUUGAAACCUUUUACGAAACAACCUAAUUAAUAUAAUGCGUGACACUGGCUUUGAUAUUUGAGAUGAGCUGAUUGUACAAGUAGACGCUCAGAGGUGAAAGAAUCUACAGCUCUAAGCAAGCCCCUUAUAUCUAAAUCAGAACACAAUCAUUAGAACGUAUACUACAACAUGUUACAAAGAAACGAAAAAUAGAAUAGUCAGAAACUGGUCCAACUGCGCUGAUCUUUUUUCACCUGGAUACGAGUCUGGGGGCAGCUAUAGUGUCAUCUGUCAGAAAACAGUUACUUCCUUAUCAUGAGGGUAACGAAAUCUCAGCUUCCGAGUAAACAAAUUGUUGAAAAAAAAAUGCAAUACAGUGAUAUUUUACUGAAUCAGGCUGUCCUCACUGCUUUGUUGCCCAAUGCGAUACCACUAAUAUUAGUAAUCAAAAAUUAAGAUUACUAAUGGCUUAAUGGGGCAACACUAUCUCAUAUACAGGAAUAGACUGCUUGCAGUCACGUGACAAUACCGAUCACUUUCUAGCAGUGUAGUAAUUAACACUGACUGCCAGCGUUGGGUUACUAGCUCAUGUAAGCCCUACGUAUAAAAUCUGAGAUACAUCAGCAUCCUUUAUGACUGACCUAUUAUAUAAAAUAUUAAGGGACUUGUCAGAAAUUAGGAGGGAGGAAGGGAGGUGGAAAACAGGGGAGGGUUGCAGCUUUUUAAGCCCUUCAAAAGGGAGGGUGAUGAGAAAAAUGACAGGAAAAGAGGAAGGGUCACAAAAAAAUAAACCACCGCAUGCAUAUUAUGUUUUACAAGAAUACAAACCACUUACGAGAAUCAUGACAUGCGAUUAUUUCCUGACACACAGUUCAACCUCCAUUGAGCGGCCACAGACACCUUUUGGCCAUCCCAAUGAGAGUUUUGUUUGUUGUUACCUCUAUUAAGCAGCCAUGCAUUAAGCGCUUGAUACACAUACCUGGGCUUUAUUUCAAGAAUACGAUGAAGGAAAAUACAGUCCGAGAUUGAAGUUGACGGGUAUGGGCCUAUGGGCUCUGCAUCAUGGCUCUUGGCUGGGGUGUAAUGGUUCUCAUAAUUAUCAGGUUACAGUUAGCCUUCAUUUUGUUCUAUUUUUCUUUCUUUUUGCCUGCAUUUUUGUGACUUAAUUGCCCCUGUGUGGAGCAUCACUUCAAGUGUUCUCUGCUGAAACAACAUUCAGAAGAAUAACUUUUUACGCGAAAAUUGUCUGAUCUUAGUGAAUCUGUCUUUGCUUCUUAUAGUCCUUAAGAAGAAACUAUUAUUAUCCCAUUGAAACCAAAAACUUUCUUUUGCGCUGUUUUCCCAACAAAAAAAAAAACACUUACAUCUUCGACAUAGGUCAGUUUUAAUACAAGUUUGCUUUUUUGAAAGUACUGAAUUAUUUUCCUUGUACCACUGUAACUGAAAAGUGGGACUUAUUCAGGGGAGGGUCAUAAAAUUGUAAAAUGCUUUCCAGGGGAGGGUCGGGACAUUUUAAUCCCUUACCUGAGGAGGAUCAUUUUAUUUUCAUCGCUUAACUGAAAAUCUCCACCUCUCCUCCCCCCUGCUAAUUUCUGACAAGUCCCUAAUAAAAUAUACCCCUGUAGGAAAUUUCUACUGAUAAUAAAUAGAAAAAAGAUCACUUUUACGGGCUAGUAUUAAUUGUUAAUGUACAGAUCAGAC